AUGCGUCCUGCUAUCUUCAGUUGCCGGAACAUCCCGCUCGUGUCGCUUCUGUUGGUGCUGGCUCCGGUGAUUUCGCCUCGGCAACAACAGCUCGUGCAAGCUAUAAAGCUCGACAUUCCUCUCGAGUUCUACCGCGGCGAUGUAACCUACUUGAACAAUUUCGCAGCAGCCAUACCAAACUUCCCGCCGUACGCGUGGGCUGCUGACGUGGCACCGCCAUGCCCCACUGGCAACUGGAUAGGCGUGACGUGCAAUUCAGAUAACUACGUGACUGACGUUGACCUAAGCGCAAGCAACGUGACUGGCAAUUUCCCAAAGCUCAAGGGUCCCUUCUCGUUUGACAUUGCUGCUGUCAUAUUUCUCAAGACCCUGAAUCUUGCGGGCAACAAACUCCAUGGCGCAUUUCCCAGCGAGCUGGCCCUCUCACCCAGCCUCGCCGCCCUCAACGUGGCAAACAACAGCCUCACAGGGCGCCUGUCCGAGGACCUCUGCAACCUCAACCUCACCUGCGUCAACGUGAUGGGCAACCCUCUCCGCGGGCCCAUCCCCUCGUGCUGGAGGAACUUCACAUGCCAAGACUUUGCCAACACCAGCCUCCUAGUCGUUCCCAACGAAACAUGCCGUGAUGUCCCCUACCACAGCUGCAACCCGCCUCUCGCAGUGGCCGUGGCACCCCCAUCAGCUGCAGCCUCCUCUGUCAACGUCGUUGCCAUCAUUGCGGGUGUUGUGGGGGGUGCGGCAUUCAUUGCGCUGGUGGUUGCGGGGGCGAUGGUGGUGAUGAAGCACAUUGAGAGGAAGCGCAGGGAGGAAGAGGAGAGGCGCCUGGAGCAGGAUUUGGAGACCCAGAUCUCAUCUCGCCACUUCGGAACCCUGAGGCGCUUCACCUCAGAGGAGCUGAAGAAGGCCACCAACGGGUUUGACGAGGACUAUGUGCUGGGCGAGGGCGGGUUCAGCAAGGUGUACAAGGGCAAGCUGGAGGACGGCAAGUUCGUGGCUAUCAAGAGGAUUAAGGAUGAGAAACGCGCGGGUGGCGAGCUGCAGUUCCUGUCUGAGGUGGAGAUGAUCAGCCGGGCCGUGCACCGCAAUCUCAUCCGUGCCGAGGGCUUCUGUGUGGAGCGCGGCGAGUGCAUGCUGGUGCUGCCCUUUUGCUCCAACGGAUCUGUGGCGUCCCGCACGCAGGGCAAGGAGGGUAACCCCAUGGACUGGCCGACGCGCAUGAAGGUGGCCCGGGGAGCAGCGGAAGGGAUAGGCUAUCUGCACACGGACUGCAAGCCAAAGCUGGUGCACCGCGAUAUCAAGGCGGCCAAUGUGCUGCUGGAUGAGAACGACGAGGCAGUGAUUGCGGAUUUUGGGCUGGCCAAGGAGAUGGACGUGAAUGAGACGCAUGCCACCACUGCUGUCAAGGGCACCAUCGGACACAUCGCCCCUGAGUACUUUGUGAGCGGGCAGUGCUCAGAGAAGACGGACGUGUAUGCCUUUGGGGUGUUCCUCCUGGAGCUCGUAUCGGGCAAGGACGUGUACGGAUUGACUGUCGUGCCCGAGGCUGAGGAGAUUCUACUGAGGGACUGGGUGUCGCGGCUGCUGGUGGAGGGGAAGGCAGAUGUGCUUGUAGACCCAGAGGUGAAGAAAGCCGAGGGGGCAGUGGACAUGGGGCAGGUGGAGAAGAUGCUCCAGGUGGCGCUGCUGUGCCUCAAGAACGACCCGGCUGGGCGACCCACGAUGGAGGACGUGGCUAAGAUGGUGGCUGGGAGUGAGCUCACAGAGAAGUGGCAGCAGUGGCAGGCUGAAGCUGGGGCCAUGAGAGCAGAGGACCUCAUGGCUGUUGUCAAGAACCCUUCGCUCUGGGAGAACACAACAACUGGAAUCUCGCUCGAAGCCUUCAAUGUUACUGGGCCCCGUUGA